AUGUUUAGAGAUCGAACGAAACUAUUCCUAUCAUAUAGAAGAACAAUCACAAGAGACACACCAAUAUCAUCACAACCAUAUCGAGAUAAUUUAUCUGAUUCUACAACAGACUUACAAAAUCCAUUUUUAGAUGAUUCAGAAAAAGAUAAAUUAAUAUUAGGAUCACGUAAAAGGAAAAGUACAGAUAUAGAAAUGAAACCAUUAGUUCCAACAAAAUUUGAAAUUUCAAAUGAUUUAAAUAAUUAUUUGCAACAAAUUGAUAAAGAUACAAAAGAAUUAAAUUCAUUAUAUAAACAAUUAAUAAUUAUAAAUAAACAAGAUAAAAAAAAAUUAGAAACUAAAAUUGAAGAACUCAACUAUAAGAUAUUGAUAAAUUUUGAAAAAUGUUAUGUAUGUAUUAAGAAAUUUGAAAAUAUUGCCAAAAAUCAUCAACGUUAUAAUUUAAAUUAUACAAAUUACGAUUUAGAAAUUUUAAAUAAUUUAAAACUCAAGAAUAUAACCAAAAUUCAAAAUUCUUUAAUUGAAUUUAGAAAUUUACAAAAUAAUUAUAUAAAUUUUUUAAGAUCAGAAGAUGAUGAAAUUGAUUUAAUCAUAAACUCCAAGAAUCUAAAAAAUUCUUCAAAUUUAGAUGAAUUUAGUAAACAAAUUAUUGAAAAUACUACAAAUUCAAAUCACGAACAACAACAACAACAACUUCAACAACAACAACAACAGGAUCCUUAUUUAAAUCAAAGAGAAAAAGAAAUAAAUAAAUUAGCUAUGGGUAUACUUGAAAUUUCAACAAUUUUUAAAGAAAUGUCAUCAAUUAUAAAUCAACAAGGUACUUUAUUAGAUCGUAUUGAUUAUAAUUUACAAUCUACAACACAAGAUUUGAAUCAAGCUAAUAAGGAAUUAAUAAAAGCUAAAACUUAUCAAAAACGUACAACCAAGUGUAAAAUCAUAUUUUUUUUAGCAUUAUGUGUAUUUGCUUUAUUAAUGAUUUUCUUGUUGAAACCAAGUGGGGGUAAGACCAAGAUUAUUGAAAAACCUUCAUCUGGAAAUAAUAAUAAUGAUAACAGUAGUGGUAGCAAUGAUAAACCUUCUAGUGGUGAAUCGAGUGGUGAUGAUAAAGUUAAUAAUGAAGUUAAUCAUCCUAAUGCUAAUAUUGAUGGGACUAAAGCUAUUGGUAAUGAUUUAAUAUAA